GUGCACUUCUCUGAAGUGGUGUACAUCUUUUUAUGGACUUUAAUCAUUCGUUUUUUGAUUCAUUGUUUCAAUAUUUUAAUGCAAAAGAAGAAGGAAUACUUUGGACAUCCGAAUAGUUUCGUAAAGGUUUCACCAUGACCCAAAGCCUAGGACCCAACGCAACCUCGGCAGACUGGAGCGCGUUCAACUCCUCUGCGGAACUGUUCAGCUCCGCCCUCCAACCAAACAUCACUUACGUGGGCUUCUACCUGCAUGAGCCGUCUAUCGCUGCCGUCUUCAUCGUGUCCUACCUGUUCAUCUUCCUGGUGUGCAUGGUCGGCAACGGCGUGGUGUGUUUCAUCGUGCUGCGGAGCAAAAACAUGCGCACCGUCACCAACCUCUUCAUCCUCAACCUGGCCAUCAGUGACCUGCUGGUUGGCAUCUUCUGCAUGCCAACCACACUGGUGGACAACAUCAUUACUGGUUGGCCAUUUGGAAAGCUUGUGUGUAAGCUUAGCGGGAUGGUCCAAGGCAUAUCAGUAUCAGCCUCCGUCUUCACACUGGUUGCGAUAGCCGUUGACAGGUUCCGCUGUAUUGUCUACCCAUUCAAACAGAAGCUCACCAUCUCCACCUCCACGCUGAUUAUUGUCAUUAUAUGGGCCCUGGCCAUCUCCAUUAUGUGUCCGUCUGGGGUCAUGCUCCAGGUCACCAAGGAGCAACGCAUUCGGAUCCUCCUGAGAGAGGAUGGCAACAACAGCCAGCCCUUUUACUGGUGCCGGGAGAAUUGGCCCAAUCAAGAGAUGAGGAAGAUCUACACCACCGUCCUAUUCGCCAACAUUUACCUGGCGCCCCUUAGUCUCAUUGUCAUCAUGUACGCCCGCAUCGGCAUUACCCUCUUCAAAACCUCCAUGCCCGCCUCAGCGGAGAGCAGGAGCAGGCGAGGCUGCGGUAGCAGGGAAGGGGGCGGCGGGGGCCGUGGGGUGGGAGGGAAGGCUGUCUUGGAGAACCGCCAGACGGUGUCGAAGAAAAAGAAGAGGGUUAUUAAGAUGCUUCUGGUGGUGGCCCUGCUCUUCAUCCUGUCCUGGCUGCCGCUGUGGACACUCAUGAUGCUGAGUGACUAUGCCAGCCUGACAGAGCGCCAGUACCGGGUCAUCAACAUCUACGUGUACCCACUGGCCCAUUGGCUGGCCUUCUUCAACAGCAGCAUCAACCCCAUCAUCUACGGCUUUUUCAACGAGAACUUCCGCAGGGGCUUCCAGGCCGCGUUCAAGUUCCAGCUGUGCUCCGCAGCCAUGGAGAACCAGAAGUCCUACUCGCACCGUAUCCAGGGCAACGCCGUGCUCCCGACGAACAUGCACCUCCCAUCUGUGGAUGGCUCCGGCUUGGGAUUGAGGUCGGGGUCAAAGGUGAACGGGCAAGGGCCCAGUCAAGAGAGAGGCCAGUCAUCUGGUGCAAGCGACUUCAAAGAACAGGACCUGAUUAUGGAAGAUCUGGAGAAGGUUAAGUAUGACCUAUGAGACUGAAUGUCAAAGAAGUACAAUCAACAUUUUGUCAGGAGAGCAGUGAACGUCCAUUUUUCUUGCACUCUAUGGUCAUUACCAGUGACAUUUGAGAAAAGACUUUCAUUGAAUGCCAACAAAACAUCUCGCUGUCGUUGAAUUGAAGGAGAAUUGAUUGACGCCGCUUGCUGUUGAUCCCGCUAUGAAAGCCUCGUGCCCAUGCCAGGCUUCUCUACAGCCUUUUUCUUACCAUGGUGUCUGAGUUAGUGUGAGACAAGGACCCCCCGCCUGUGGUGGUGAUGUGUGCCUAGUAUUAAACUCAAACUGGCCAAGAUGUUUAUGAGUGUCUCAUGCUGCACACUUGACAAGGUGAAUGUGAUAUGAAUGGAAUGACCAAACAGCCCUCAUAUUCAACUUUUACUGUAAUAUCUUUUAAAAAUACACGGAAUAUUUGUGAAGUGAUUGUAAAGUGCUCAAAGUGUCAUUGCUUGUUUGUAUUCAACAAUGAGUGUCUUUCUUGUUUCAAGCAAACCGAUAAAAGGCCUGUCAUUGUUUUACACAAGUAUUGUUGUUUACCGUUCAUCGUCUAAAACGUUGAAGGUAACAUAUCUGUCAUGUCAAUUCAAUAAAGUGUUUCGUAAAUGUGGUACAUGCAUGCUAUGAUCUCUAAUCGGGUCUUUGAUUAAAGCUGUGCACCAUAUAGUUUAUACUGAACUUAUUCUGACAAACAAUAAAAUAACAAGCGUUGAUUCUUUGCUUUUACAAGACGUUCAUGGCAUCUCCUUCAAGUACUGUCAAACUUAAACAAACCAACAUGCUCUACCUCCAUGUUCUACCUUCAUGCUGUACCUCACCUCCAUUUUGUACCUCACAUCCAUUCUGUACCUUUACGCUGCAGGCCCCUACCUCCAUCAUGGACUGAGGUUGUAUCUGUUGGACUGUUUACAGACAUCCUGGGAAUAUAAUAUUUAAACUCAUGUUGCUGUUAUGUUUGUAAAAAAAAUAAAAAAAAGAGUGUUUAAUACAUUGUAGACUGUGUUAUUGUUUUAUGUUGCUGGGCUACUUUGUUAACUGCUGCGUAAUCAAUUAUGUUGGCUUAUUUGUUGUUCUGAUGAUCUUAAAUAAAUUCUUCUUUGUUUUGCAAAGUCA